UGUGUCGCCGAACGGUUGUUUUCUAUUUGGAAAAUUUGCGCGAAAUUAUAAUUAAGUGAGAAAACCAAAAAAACACACAUGGAAAUAUGCCGUUAGUCAGCGGUCAAGGUGUAUUGUUGUUGGCGUUGGCGCUCUCAUUGAUGCUAACGGAGAUCACAGCUGUUUCCAUUGACGAGCAAUGCAUGCACGCGGACAGCUGUGAGCGAUGUCUGGGGUCCCAUCUGGAUUGUGCCUGGUGCACGGACGAGACCUAUCAGGUGCGCUAUCGCUGCUUGACGCGCGCUCAACUCCAGAAUUUUAACUGCAGCGAAAAUGAUAUCUACGAGAAUCAACCGGUGCUGGAUCUAUUGCAGGAGCGUCCCCUCAAGGACUAUCUGGCGAACGAUGAUCAAGCGGUUCAGGUGACGCCGCAGCGUGCUUACCUCAAGCUGGUCAAAGGGAACACGCAACGCCUCAAGUUGCGGUAUCGAACGGCACGCAACAAUCCACUAGACCUGUAUGUGCUCAUGGACCUGACCUGGACAAUGCGCGACGACAAGGAGACACUCGAGGAAUUGGGCGCACAGCUAACACAAACAUUGCGCAAUCUGACAGACAACUAUCGUUUGGGGUUUGGCUCAUUCGCGGACAAGCCCACGGUGCCGAUGGUUCUACCUCAACACAAGGAGAAUCCCUGUGCCCCCGUGGGUGGCGUGUGUGAGCCCACCUAUGGGUAUCGGCAUCAGCUGUCCCUAACCGAAGAUAUUCGAGCAUUUACAGCCGCAGUGGCUGGCAGCAAGAUCACCGCGAAUCUGGAUAAUCUUGAGGGUGGACUGGAUGCCCUUAUGCAGGUAAUUGUCUGCCCCAAAGAGAUCGGAUGGCAGCAACAGGCCCGUAAAGUGGUGAUCCUUGUCACGGAUGGGUUUAUGCACUUGGCUGGCGAUGGUCUGCUGGCGGGCAUCAUUGAGCGGAACGAUCGCCAGUGUCACCUGAAUGGAGCAGGCGAAUAUACGGGUUCCUUGUUGUAUGAUUAUCCAUCGUUGGAGGAGAUCUACAGAGAGCUACUGCGGCGCAAGAUCAAUGUGAUAUUUGCUGUGACCAAGGAGGUGGUCAGCACAUAUCGUGAAUUGAGUGCACUGAUGAAGGAGAUCAGCUAUGUGGACAUACUCAGUGCGGAUUCAUCGAAUAUAUUGGAACUGAUUAAGAAAAGCUACGAGAGUUUGAUCAAGCGCACUCAAUUCGAUGACAACAGUCCGGAUUUUAUCCACAUGGAAUACUACACGGAUUGUGCUGGACAAUUCCCGAAGCUCAUUAAGCGGAAUUACUGCAACAAUCUGAGCCUGGGCAAAGAGAUUGAAUUCUAUGUGGAUGUCACACUCAAGGAUUAUCCCUCAAAUGGUGUUUAUACACAUAAAAUCCGCGUGGAGGAAACCUCUCUCAAUGAGUACAUGGAUCUGGAUGUGGAGCUGCAGCGACCUUGUCCCUGCCAAGAGGAGCCCGAACCUGAGAACGAGGAUCGACGCUUUAGGUGCGAGAAUCAGGGCUAUCUGCACUGCGGCAUGUGCACGUGUGACGAGGGCUGGACGGGCACCUACUGCACAUGCCCCACGGAUGCCACGAAUGUCACCACCAACGAGGCUUUGUUGCUGCAGUGCCGCCAACCCAAGGGCGAUGAGAGCCGUUCCCCCCUGGUUUGCUCGAAUCAUGGAGAGUGCGAUUGUGGCAGCUGCAGCUGUGAUCCUGGCUAUACGGGAGACUACUGCGAGUGCCGGGAGUGCGUGGACUGCGAUGAGCAGCGAGCCGACUGCUACUGUGGCACGUGCGUCUGCAAGUACGGCUGGUCGGGCACGCGGUGCAAUUGCAAUGAGGACACCGACGCCUGCCUGGGGCCCACGGGCGAGGUGUGCUCCCAGCGUGGCACCUGCGACUGUGGCGAGUGCAGCUGCGAUGAGCCGUUCCUGGGCAAGUUCUGCGAGAUCGAUCCAGAGAAGGACAACAAACUGUGUCAGUUCUAUGAGCCGUGUGUCACCUGCCUGAUCGAGCAGCGACAGGGCAUGGGGGCGUGCGACAAUCUGAGUGAGAUCUGCACGAGUAUCGACAGGCAGGAGCACUUCACCUACUCCUUUGUGGCCGAACUGGAGGCGGAUGUCCGCUGCCUGGUGCGUAUCGUCAACAAGCAUGGCAUACAAUGCGACAGCUACUUUGGCUAUCAGGUGAUUGAUCAUGCCAACUACCUCUCCAUACAGGCCGAAAAUUGUGAACCCCUCGACUAUGUCGCUCUGUUUGGUUUCAUUUCUGGUUUCACUCUGCUGAUUGGUCUGCUAUUGAUAUUUCUCAUACUUUGGUGCAUCCGGGCCAAGGAUGCCCGCGAGUUUGCACGCUUCGAGCAGGAGCGGGAAAAUUGUGUGCGCCAGGAGAAUCCCCUCUAUCGCGAUCCCGUGGGACGCUAUGAAGUCCCAAGGGUAUUGAGUGAGAAGUUUGAUGAGAAUCCAUUUGCCAGUUGAUCGAUGGGUUUAGUUUGGGUUCUAAAGAGUCAGAGGAUCAUGAAAAUAAGUAGUCUUUGCUUAGGGUUCGCAGGGAAAUGAUUACGAUCAAGCUAUUGACAUAUUUAUAAGUAUCUUUCAUAUGUUAAAUAUGACACAUAGAUAAGCCAAUUGUAUUUAUGUAAUAUGAAUAGUAACCACUGCCUCGACUGCAACUCUUGAACAGAUAAUUAAGAACAAAAAACGAUGGAUGAAACCUUCAGUUCGAAAUUACUUUAAGGCUAUAAUAUCUGUGUAUUUCUAUAAGUAUAAGAGCCACAAACUUUCAUUUAAUGAGAGUAGAAGAAGUGGCGGCAGAAGUCCACAAGCAUGACGCACAUACAUACACGUGUACAUAAUAUGUAAACAUGUACAUAAUAUGUAAAAAUGCUUGGACUUACAAGAAAAAGCUUUAAAAAAUGUAUUUACAAAGGUUAACUUCUUCCCAGCUCAUGCCAAAAAAAAAAAACAACUUGUUGUAUUUUUUAUAAUUUUUGUUGUUUUUAUAGAUAUAUAUUUUAUGGAAUUAAAUUUGAUAAAUCUUUCGACAAUAAUUAUUAUUAAAUGUAUGAACUAAUUAAACUAACUAUUUUCGUGUACCAACAAGUUCAAUCUUUCAUUUAAUAUUUUCGAUUUCAAAAUAUAACAAUUCCAUUUAGCAAAAGUAUUUAUUAAUUUAAGAAUUAAUGGCUUAAGAGGUGGAAACUUAAUUAAAGAAUGACUACGGCAAAACGGCAAAUGCAAA